AUGGGGUAUUCAAUGAGAGAAGAGGUGUGGUGGGUGAUGGCCAUAAUCAUAUUCAUAUUAUUAGGGUUUAACGGAGAAGCUGAGGGGUGCUUAAAAGAAGAGAGAGAAGCUCUUCUGAAAUUGAAAGAAGCUUUCAAUUAUCCAAAUGGCUCAUCUCUUCCUUCUUGGAAUAACCAAACCUUCUCUGAUUGCUGCACUUGGGAGUCUGUAUACUGUGACAACUCUACUCACAGAGUGAUAGGAAUUGAUUUGAGUUACAAAAGAGCUGAAGAGUUGGGACACAUCAAAUGGUCACUCAAUGCUUCUUCUUUUCUCCCCUUCAUCCAGCUUCAAGUGUUGUAUUUGGAUGGGAAUUACUUGUCAGGGCUGUUUGGCGACAUCAGGCUGGUGAACUUGGAAGUGUUGGAUUUAGAAAAGAAUAUGCUCACAGAAUUUCCAUAUUUCGACCUUUCUCAUUCACGUAAUCUGAAGGAGCUGUGGCUUAAUGAUAAUUACUUGGAGGGCAGUAUUCCAGAAUCUAUUACGUCUCUUACUUCCCUCACCGUAUUGACAUUAUGCUAUAACAAACUCAAUGGAUCAUUGCCACAACAAGCUCUUUUGCUUUUCGAUGACAAUUUCAACGGCUUAUUUUCACUCUCUUCACUUGCCAACAACUCCAACCUCAAAGUCUUUUCCUUUUCAUGCUCUAACACCAACCUGAGGCUUGAAACAGAGAAUCCCCCAUUUAUUCCUUCCUUCCAAUUGAGGUCUUUCCAAAUCCGCAACUGUACUCUAAACAAAGCUAACGCUAAAAGAAUGCCUACCUUUCUUUUUCAUCAAUAUGACUUGCUACGUCUGGAACUUACCAACACAAACAUUUCAGGGGCCUUCCCGUCCUGGCUUUUGGCAAACAACGCAAAAUUGAAUUAUUUCAAUUUGACCCGCAGCUUGUUCACUGGCCCCUUUGAAUUCAAUUUCACCUCAAAAUUGCUUCAAAUGGAGUCUUUUGAUAUUUCAUCAAACCCCAUCAGAGAUGAAAUCCCUUCUCAUAUUGGCUUCAUUUUUCCCAACUUGAUCUCUCUUAACAUGUCUUCCACUUCAUUGCGAGGUUGCUUCCCAGCUUCAAUAGGUGAAAUGAGACAACUAAAUGAUCUUGACUUGUCAAAUAAUAAUUUAUCUGGUUACUUGCCCCAAGAAUUCGGUCAAGGUAACAAUGAAUUGAGGUUUUUGAAGUUGUCAAACAACCACUUGAGUGGCCCAUGUCUUCCUAUAGGAUCAAAUUUCACAUCUUUGUCGCUUUUGGAUCUCAACAACAAUAACUUCAAAGGAAAACUUGAAGGUGGGGUCAUGAAUAGUACUGAAUUAAGAAUGUUGGAUAUUAGUGCCAACCAACUAUCUGGUGAAUUACCUAGCUGGAUUGGAAACCUUCAACAUUUGAGUUACCUCACUUUGUCAAAUAAUUCUUUAACAGGUUCACUACCAGAAAGCUUUUGCAAUUUGACCCAACUUACAUGCCUAGACCUUUCUGAAAAUAAAUUCAAUGGCUCUUUGCCAAUCUGUCUAAAUUUUCCAAAGUUGAAGUACUUGCAUUUGGAGAGCAACCAUUUCAUGGGACCUCUACCUUCCACUUUAGCUAAUUCCCCUUUAUUGUUGACUUUAAAUUUGAUGAAUAACAAUUUUUCAUGUCAGCUUUCAAGAUUUAAUGGCUCAUUUUUGAGUUUAAGGGUCCUCAUGUUAAAAGGAAACAAACUUGAAGGCUCUAUUCCUACCCGUUUAUGUGAGCUCAAGAAUAUCAGGUUAUUAGAUCUUUCUCAAAAUAAGCUUUCUGGAGGCAUCCCAUAUUGCUUGAAUAACAUCACAUUUGGGAAGGUAGAUGCACAGAGGGAAAAGGAAAUAGGACGUUUUAUUGUGUCAUGGACUACAAGAUAUUCAAAUUAUCAAUUUGACUCUCGAACCGGUGAGGUUUCCAUACCAAAAAAAAGAGAAAAUUUUACACUGUAUAAAGACCAAGAAGUUCAUUUUACAACAAAAAGCAGGUAUGAAUCUUACAAAGGAAGCAUUUUAAAUUUCAUGUCUGGGAUGGAUCUCUCAAGUAAUCAAUUGAUAGGUGAGAUUCCUUCACAAAUUGGAUACUUAGGCAGUAUCCAUGCAUUAAAUUUGUCAAACAAUCGAUUGAAAGGGCCCAUUCCAGAAACAUUUUCCAACCUCAAGCAGAUAGAGAGCCUUGAUCUUUCAAGCAACAAAUUGACAGGUCACAUUCCUAAACAACUAAUUCAGUUGUACUCCUUGUCCGUCUUCUCGGUGGCUCAUAACAAUCUAUCAGGAAUGACACCUGACAUGAAAAAUCAAUUUGCAACUUUUGAUUCAACCAGUUAUGAAGGGAACCCUUUUCUAUCUAGUCCGCCUCUGCAGCAAAAUUGCUUAAAAGCUGGAAGAAACAAGCAACCUCAUGAUCAUUUGGAAGGGGAUGACUUUCGAGACUACUCAUACUAG